CUGCUGCUGCGGCUCCGCACACAGACUCAGACCGUCACCCAGUGAGUGAGGGUGGGCUUCUUCGACAGCGUUACCCCCCUGCUGCUUGCGUGGACCUCGGUUAAACACAUUUCCGGUUGUUUUUUAGAGGGUGUCCGCGUCUGUUUAGAAGAUUUUGGAGUUAAUUCGUGUGUGUGUGUGUGUGUGUGUGUGUGUGUGUGUGUGUGUGUGUGUGUGUGUGUGUGUGUGUGUGUGUGUGUGUGUGUGUGUGUGUGUGUGAGAUUUCGAUGUUGUUGCUGUUUUAUCAAGGGAACGUGCGAGACCUUUAGGACAGAGAGCAGACGUCCGUCCACUUCACCACAGCAGCGUACUUCACACAGCUAAACACCAUGGCUGCCGCUCUCAUCAAGCUCUUCUUCUUCCUUCACACCUUCACUGGCUCAGCGCUGGAAUCGGCCUCUGAGCAAGUCCUCCCCGAGAUCCAGCCACACCUCACCAGCUGUGUCUCUGCCAACAUGGAGACUUUCCGCUGCAGAUGGAACGUCGGCACUUCCCAGAGCCUCUCCCAGCCAGGAGACCUCCGCUUAUUCUACAUUAACAAAUUACCCCCCUACGGUUCUCUCAAGGAGUGGCGUGAGUGUCCCCACUACAGCACCGACAGGCUGAAUGAGUGCUUUUUCAACGAGAACCACACGUCCAUCUGGACAUAUUACAGGGUCCAGCUCCGCUCCGGGGAUCAAGCCAACCUCUAUGACGAGAAGCACUUCAACGUUCAAGACAUCGUGCAACCGGAUCCUCCAGUCGGCCUGAACUGGACUCUGCUGAAUGUGAGUUUGACCGGCACUUACUAUGACAUCAUACUGAGCUGGAAGCCGCCUCAGUCCGCAGACGUGGAGAUGGGAUGGAUGACGCUGCAGUACGAGAUCCAGUACCGCAACGUCAACUCUGACCAGUGGGAAGUGGUCGACCUUGUGAAAAGCACACAGCGCUCCAUUUAUGGGCUUCAAACUAACAUCAAUCACGAGGUUCGGGUCCGGUGCAAAAUGCUCGCUGGGAAAGAGUUUGGAGAGUUCAGCGACUCUUUAUUUGUGCUCGUCCCAUCUAAAGUGUCGAGCUUCCCAGUGGUGGCCUUGCUCGUUUUUGGUGCCCUGUGCUUAGUGACCAUCACGAUGUUUGUUAUCAUAUCGCAGCAGGAAAAGUUGAUGGUUAUUCUUUUGCCUCCUGUUCCUGGACCUAAAAUAAAAGGAAUUGACCCUGAACUACUCAAGAAAGGGAAGCUGCGGGAGUUGACAUCCAUCCUGGGCGGCCCUCCAGAUCUGAGGCCGGAGCUGUACCACAACGACCCCUGGGUGGAAUUCAUCGAUCUGGACAUCGAGGAGCAGAACGAGCGACUGACGGACCUGGACACGGACUGUCUCGUAGAGUGCUCGCUGUCCUCCGACAACUCUCCCCCGUCCAUCGGCUUCAGAGACGACGACUCGGGCCGGGCCAGCUGCUGCGACCCCGAUCUCCCCAGCGAGCCGGAAGCGUCGCCGUUCAUUCCUCUGAUCCCAAACCAAACCCACAGCAAGGAGCCGUCGUGCCCAACCGCCUGCGAGCCAAGCCCCCCGGUCCAGAGCCCCGCCACCGGGGAGCCUCGGUCUGUAGCACCGGGCCGAGAGGCGCUGUACACCAAAGUGAGUGAGGUGAGGUCUUAUGGCAAAGUGCUGCUGUCGCCUGAGGAACAGACUAGCCAAGACACCGAGAAAGACAUCAUGGCGCAGAAGGAGAAAGAAAAAAACGAGUUCCGGCUCCUGGUGGUGAAUCCAGAUCACGGAGGUUACACCUCAGAGCUCAACGCAGGGAAAAUGAGCCCCAGAUCGUCCACAGGAGACAUGAGUGAACCCUGCCAGACAGACGGAGACUUGAGUUAUUCACCAUCCCGCGAAUCAGAUAGCACCCCCAUGUCCCCUCUUUCCCCUGCACCUGUCUACACCGUGGUCGAGGGUGUCGACAGGCAGAACAGCCUUUUACUGACUCCCAACUCGACGCCAGCCCCCCAGCUCGUAAUCCCAAAAGUCAUGCCGACGCCAGGCGGCUACCUGACCCCUGAGCUUAUGGGAAGCAUCACGCCCUAGAUCAGCGGUGAACUUGCAUAAAGUUAAGACUUUUCAAUCCAAGGCACAGAUAAGCUUAGGAACAGUCUUGGAGAUUGACUAUUAAGGGGGCCCAAGGUUGAGUGUUAAAUAUCAGGUCUCCUAAAAUACUUAGAGGACAUCUGUGCCUGUCCUGCCAGCUGCCACCACCUCUGUCCACCCGCUGCUCCCCCUCUGACACGGCUGUAAAGGGUUAGUUGGAGGUUAGGUAUGAGGGAGGAAGAGCAUGUAAAAAUGUGUUUUUUCAUCAAAAAGGCAAAGAGAAAGUCUAUCAUGAAUAGGGUUUGGCAUCGUUUUGAUUUUAACAAUUCCGAUUCUUCUUUUGGAUUCCGGUUUUUAUCAAUUCCGAUUCUCUGAGGGGCGGAGCUGAAACGGGCCACAUGCUUAUUUCACAGAUAAGAGGAAAAUGUUAUUUUGAUUCAAGGGUGAUUUGCAGUUUUACUGGGCUUUUUCAAUGUAAAAUAAAGCUACACUGACUGCAACCAGGGCUUUAAAUUAACUUGUUUAAUCACCAGCCAACAUGGCUUGUAGAUUUUUAAAGUUACCAGCCAAUCAGAUUUACCACUAGCCACGUUUGUUUUUUUCCCUAACUAACUUUACUGUAAUUUCAGCUUGACUGGUUUGUUUGGUUCCGUUUGUCUUCUCCUUUUCAGCGUAGCUCGUAAUCACUAGGCACGUAGCUGAGUUGUCUGACACAUCACAACUUACUGUUCAUGGGAAAUGUAGGAUUAGUACCACAAGCAAUGUUGUCAGAUGAAGAUUACGUUUCCAAGGCAAAGACACACAAAACCGCCCAAAUUUCUUGGCAGAAAACAGAUCAAUCUGGAAACACUGACUUGUUGCAUCGUUUCUGCACCCUGCUGAUUCAAACAGACACUUCACGUCAUUCAUCACCAGCCAAAUUGGCUAGAAACUUUUAAAUGUUACCCGCCAAAGUCUACUUUUACCCGCAUUUGGCGGGUUGGCGGGUGUCAAUUUAAAGGCCUGACUGCAACACAAGAAGCCCGUGGAAGUACGGUGGCCGCUACGGAAACCCAAACUUGCGCAUUAAACUUGGAUAUGAUGAUCAGAUUCUAAACCAAAUUUUCCAAACAAUUCCAUUAAAAAAAGAUUCCAUUGAACGGAAUCAAUUGAAUUGAAUUGAAUUGAAUCAUAAUUCUUGAAACGAUUCCAAGUUGUAACCGGUUCUCGAUGCCCAUUCCUAUCAUUUUGAGUCAAAUUUCUGUCUAAUGUCCAAUAUUUACUCUCCUUUAUCUCGUCAGGUUUGGUCUCUGGUCAACUCCUGAGAAAAAUAUGUAUCUCUUCUAUCAGCUUAAUGCUCUAUAGUCUUCACCAGCUAGCCGCUCAUUUUGUGUGUCUGCAGUUUGGUGCUAUAAGCCAAAAGAGGCUAAAAAGCUCUAAAGAGUUGCAGAGUUGGUGGCAAUUUUCUGUGGUUUUGUCACUACGAGUCCCAUCUUUGACAUUAUAGGUACUCAUUUAGUUCAGUGUUGACAUAGAAAAUAUUGAAAUAAGCUUUAAAUAACAGUACAUUUAAUUGUACAGUCACAUGGUCCAUUCCUAUCAUCUUGUACAUAUCAAAAGCUUUCAUUUUGAUAAAAUCAGGUCAUACUGUAUACUCUGUGAAAGUACCUUUUAUGAAUCCAACAUUUUUGUAUGCUUUUCAUAAGGUUUUCAUUCCUUUUUCAGGCUUUAAGAUCAAUAUUGCUGAAAUGAAAAUGUUAUUUAACUGAUAAGGAACUCAGCCUUUUUCUAUACUCAUAUAUCAUGUUUGUGCCAACACAUGAACUCCCGGAAAAGUAAAAUACAGCAUGGCAUGUACGCAUGUAAAAUGAUCAUCUGAUAAUAUUAGAUGCUUAUUCUUUUGAUGCCAUUAACAUAGCCUACCAUAUUUUUUUAUUUAUUUUCUAAACUGUGAAAUGUUUUCAGAGCCGACAGCCGAAAUAAUUUGGAUUGCCAGUCUUAUGCUCAGUCAGUGUUCUUUCUUUUUGAGUGCAGGAGUUUGUAUUUUUCAGUUGCUUUCUGGUUGACAUACAUUUCAUGCAAAUUUUGGGAAAACGUGGUCAUCAGUGUUGAAUUUGUAAAGUUACUGCGUUAUAACUGAUCAAGUGUUACAAAUAAACAACUUUCAUACUUUU